GAACAGUAAUAUCAAUAAUUUAACAAUCUAAUUCAAAAUGAAUUUAAAAUCCUGUUCAUUGUCACGCAGUUAUAAUAUCAGAACAAUCGCAUAAUAAAAAGGUUCAAAUGUUGCAACAACUAUCUCAUUUUAUAAAUACGAUCGAAACAGAAUCAAUGGCUCUUUUACUUUAUAUUAUCGUGACCCUGGUGGCCCUCAUGAUAUUUUACCUAAAAAGACAGCAAACCUAUUGGACCCGCAAGGGGGUACAACAAAUCAAUCCGCAGUUCCUGUUCGGAAACUUCAAAGACUUCGCAGUAAGAAAACAAUCGUUCGGCGACCUUUUCCUUAAGUUAUACAAAGAACUGAAAAAGCGCGACGUCAAACACGGCGGCGUGUACGUCUUUACGCGACCUACCUACGUGCCUCUCGACUUGGAUAUAAUCAAAGCCAUUAUGGUGAAAGAUUUCGACAUUUUCAUGAACCACGGCACUUAUUUCAAUGAGAAACAGGACCCCCUAACGAUGCACUUAUUCAAUCUUGAGGGAUCCAAAUGGAAAUCACUUAGAGCGAAAUUAUCACCAACGUUCACAUCGGGCAAAAUGAAGAUGAUGUAUCAAACAUUUGUUAAGUGUGCGACGGAACUAAACGAUAUGUUGAGUGAAUACUGCGAGAAGCUCGAGCCCGUAGAAAUUAAAGAAGUCUUGGCCAGGUUUACAACUGACAUAAUAGGUAGUUGUGCAUUCGGCCUUGAAUGUAAUUGCAUGAAACAACCCAAUUCUGAGUUCCGAAAAUAUGGCAAGCGAAUAUUUCACAGAACGCACAAAGAAAAUCUGUACCAAAUUUUAUCUAUUGUAGUGCCCAAAAGUGUACUGAGUAUAUUAGGCAUUAAAAUUACGCCGCCAGAAGUAGAAAACUUCUUCAUCAAGAUCGUUAGGGAAACCGUGGAAUAUAGGGAGACGAACAAAGUAGCGAGGCCUGAUUUUCUUCAACUGUUGCUGCAGCUAAGGCAGCAAGGAUACGUUUCCAACGACGACAACAUUGAGAUUCAGAAGGAAACGGACCAAACGCAUCUGAGCAUGCCAGAUCUGGCAGCUCAGUGCUUCGUGUUUUUCGCAGCGGGCUACGAAACUUCUUCCACGACCAUGACGUUCGCUUUAUACGAGCUGGCACAGAACCAGCAAAUUCAAGAAAAGCUCAGAGAAGAAAUAGGCGAAGUUCUCAGAAAGCACAAAAAUAAGAUGACUUACGAAGCGGUGAUGGACAUGCAUUAUUUAGAUAGAGUAAUACAAGAGGCGUUAAGAAAAUAUCCUCCGGUUCCGGGAACGAUACGAAAAUGUCUUCAAGAUUAUAAGGUACCAGGAACGCACACAAUCAUUGACAAGGGAACCAACGUGCACAUACCUAUAUUUGGAAUUCACAUGGACCCAGACUACUAUCCGAAUCCGACUAAUUUCGAUCCGGAUCGGUUUACGGAAGAAAAUAAAAGUGCUAGGCCCGCGUUUACCUGGUUGCCAUUUGGAGAAGGACCUAGGAUAUGUAUUGGUUUAAGAUUUGGAUUGCUGCAAAGUAAAGUCGGGAUAGCAACCGUUAUAAAGAACUUCAAACUAUCGGUUAAUGAAAAGACUGUCACUCCGCUAGUUAUGGACCCCGAUUCGUUUAUUAGUUCAGCCAAGGGGAGUGUGUGGUUAAAUAUGACUAAAGUUUGAUAGCGCAAUAAUGUAUCGCUAUUUUCUUACUUACUACACGCAACUAAUUCAAUUUGUAUCGAUUUUGUAUUAAAGUUAUAUCGAA